CAUGUGACAUCACCUUAUCCUUUUGUCCCGUUCCAUCUUGCAACCCAUCCCGCAUGGCGGCAUCCUAAGCUCUCCCUCCAUAGCCACGAGUCCUGUAGCGGAGUAAGCGCUCCUCUCUCAUUCAUUCUCCAAUAUCCAUCUCUCAACAGCGCACAGCUUCCAUACCUGUAACCACUGGUGGAACCUAAAUAAAGGCAAAAUUUCGAAGACACAACUUCAGUCUUCAGACGCCUUCAUCACUUCUUCCGCCACUGCCGACGACACCCUGACGGGCGAUGGCAUGAACCCUAUGUUGACGGCUCAACACCUCCUUCCGCCCUGGUUCACGCCAGCCAAGGCACCAGCCCACGGUCGAAACUCCAACCGUGGAAGGUUGGAUGGUAGGAAUUGCCAUUGUUCUUUUCCUGAAGUUGAAUGCUGCCCCUCAUGCCAGCAGGGUGUUGGCAUGAUAAAUUUCUUUACUUUUAAUGGAUGAGGAGGAUGCUUGCUUUGAGGUGUUUUCCGGCAAUUUUCACUGGAAGACAGGAAUCGAGUAAAUUUUGGAACAAAAGUAAUCGAAACGCUGUAGUAGUAUGUGCUGCAAAAGGUCCUCGUCCGAGGUAUCCUCGGGUGUGGAAGAGUAAAAGGAAAAUAGGGACUAUUUCUAAAUCUCUCAAGCUUGUAGAAUGUAUAAAAGGAUUAUCAAAUGUGAAGGAGGAAGUCUAUGGUGCUCUGGAUUCCUUUAUUGCCUGGGAACUGGAGUUCCCAUUGAUCACAGUGAAAAAAGCUAUAAAGACCCUUGAGCAUGAAAAGGAGUGGAAGAGAAUAAUACAGGUCACAAAGUGGAUGCUAAGCAAGGGUCAGGGGAGAACAAUGGGUAGCUAUCAUACCUUGUUAAAUGCUUUGGCCGAGGAUGGAAGGCUUGAUGAAGCUGAAGAGCUUUGGAGAAAGUUGCUUUUGGAGAACCUUGAAAGUAUUCCUCGCAUUUUCUUUGAGAAAAUGAUCUCUCUUUACUACCGAAGAGAAAUGCAUGAAAAGAUGUUCGAGAUAUUUGCUGACAUGGAAGAACUUGGUGUCCGGCCAACUGUUCGCAUUGUCACAAUGGUUGGAGAUGUGUUCCAGAAGUUGGAUAUGUUGGACAAAUACCGAAAGUUGAAGAAAAAAUACCCUCCACCAAGAUGGGAAUAUCGGUAUGUUAAGGGAAGAAGGAUCAAAAUAAGAACAGAUGCUAGUAAAUGUCAUAAUUAUGGUGAUGUUGUGGCAAAUGAAUCUGAUAAUGAAACCUACUCUAAGUUGGAUGAGAACAUCGAUGGUGAUGUUGUGGCAAAUGAAUCUGAUACUGAAACCUACUCUGAGUCGGAUGAGAACAUCGAAGCUUGUGCAGAUAGGUUGAGUGAGAACACGGAAUUGUGUCCAGAUAAGUUGGACGAAGUUGAUAUGAUCAUCUGAAUCAGCUUUGAUAAAACGCAUUCCUCUGUGCCUGCCCAGUAAAAGUUUUCAAUCUGUGAUUGGAGGACAAUGAUGCUACAAAGAGCAGAGAUGAGUGGGUAGAAAAUGUUUGCAGUUUGCACCAAACCUUGGUAUGAACAUAUAAUCUGUUUGUCAUCCCCAAUUCCUCCUCAUCUUCACUGUAUACUAAUGUUAUAUACACACAUGAACAAGAAGAGAUUUAGGGGUUCACCACUGAAUGCUCUUGUUAACCUAAUUAAUUUCUUUUGGAAGAGAAAAAAAAAGUGAUGUGUCAUUCAUUGAA